AUGCUUCUCAUAUUUUUGGGAAUUAUACUUAUACUUAUGUUUUUAGGUAUCGUCAAAGGUCUAAUAGGCUUGUUUUGUAUGAAAAAAAUUGGAGAACUUGGACUGGGACUAUUAGUUGAUUUACCAAAACCAUUGGAAAGCUAUCAAGAAACGGAGCUUAUGCAGAGACCAGUUAUUUAUGAUGUUGGCGGUUGGCCCGUUCAUCCUGACACCAAAGAAAGAACAGUGAGAAUACUUCCAAAGAAAACUGAAUUUUGUUUAAAUAUUACAUUCUUUAUAGCAUAUCCUUUAGCGCUGAUACUAAAACUCUGUGCACUGUGUUGCUGUAUAAAGAAUUACUCUGGUGAUGAAAAAAAUUGCUUUAAAUCUAUAAAUAUUAUAAAAUUUAACGAAGGAAUAGCGAAAAAGGAUCAAUAUCGCCCACCAGGACAAAAAAUUGAUAUGUAUAAAGAGAAUGAUGCUAAAGAAGAAGAAGAUACUAAAUAUGUGUUAAAUAUGAUGAGGCAAAGUCAGAUAUCUCUUCUGAAACAGGGAUAA